UGUAGUGGUCAUCAAACUGUUGUUUGUAAACAACAAAUCCUUGUCAUUGGAGGAUACAUUGGUAGUAAAGGAUAUUCAGAUCUGAUCAGUGAAAUAAAAAUUACAGGUGCAACAUCUUAUGUUUUGAAAGAGUUGUGUCAUAUGCCUGAACCACGUUAUGGCCAUGGUGCUGUUGUUGUUGAUGAUAAAGUUUUUAUUUUUGGAGGAUGGGGAAAAGAUGGCAAAGUUUUAUCUAGUGUUUUGGAGUUUGAUCCAAGGACUCUUACAUUUAAGGAAAUGCCUCCAUUACCUCAUCUAUUGACUCAAAUGGCAACAGUUCAAUGGAGAGAUCAAGUUGUUCUUCUUGGAGGUUAUGAUGGAAAAGAAAGGUUGAACAGUGUUAUCAUGUAUGACACUAAGACAGGUAAGAUUACAGUCUUACCAUCCAUGUUGGAAAAGAGAUCCUGUUGUUGUGCAGUUAUAACAGAUGAUACAAUUGUUGUCAUGGGAGGUUGGAAUGAUAAAGGUAAUUUCUUAAUUCAGUGGAGUGUUUCAAAAUGGGAUGUAGUUCUUCAUGGAAAUAUCUUCCUUCAAUGAACGAGCCACGAUACUUGUC